AUGGCGCGAGUCUACGCCGAUGUCAACGCCAAAAUGCCACGGUCAUACUGGGAUUAUGACUCCGUGGCUAUCUCAUGGGGAGUCUUGGAAAAUUACGAGAUCGUGAGAAAGAUUGGGCGAGGAAAAUACUCUGAGGUGUUCGAAGGCAUUAACGUUGCCAACUAUCAGAAAUGCGUCAUCAAGGUGCUCAAGCCGGUCAAGAAGAAGAAGAUCAAGAGAGAAAUCAAGAUCCUACAAAACCUUUCUGGCGGACCCAACAUCAUUGCCCUACUUGACGUCGUGCGCGACAGCCAGAGCAAAACACCCAGCUUGAUCUUCGAAAAUGUCGACAAUACCGAUUUCAGGACACUCUAUCCCCGCUUCGUCGACUACGACGUGCGAUACUACAUCAACGAGUUGCUCAAGGCGCUGGACUUCUGCCACAGCAAGGGUAUCAUGCACCGAGACGUCAAGCCGCACAAUGUCAUGAUUGACCAUGCGAAGAGAAAGUUGCGACUUAUUGACUGGGGGUUGGCGGAAUUCUAUCACCAAGGGACUGAGUACAAUGUCCGGGUGGCAUCGCGAUAUUUCAAGGGCCCUGAACUGCUCGUGGACUUUCAGGAGUACGACUACUCGCUUGACAUGUGGUCUCUUGGUGCCAUGUUCGCGUCCAUGAUCUUUCGCAAGGAGCCUUUCUUCCAUGGAAACAGUAACGCUGAUCAACUGGUCAAGAUAGCCAAGGUACUGGGGACGGACGAGCUUUUUGAGUACCUGGAUAAGUACGACAUCGAACUGGAUGCACAGUACGACGACAUUCUAAGCAGGUUUCCCAAGAAGCCGUGGCAAAGCUUUGUGAAUGCUGAGAACCAGCGUUUUGUGAGCCCGGAAGCCAUCGACUUUCUUGACAAAUUGCUCAGAUACGACCAUCAGGAUCGUCUCACGGCCCAGGAAGCAAUGGCACACCCGUACUUCGCACCAGUGAGGUCCGCUGCGGCACAACAGAGUUCACAGAACCAUGUCUCUUGA